GCGUGGGUGGAAUAAAGCAUUGAUAAAGUGUGCGCUGGUCACUUUGACGCGGACAGAGAGAGAGAGAGGUCCUUGAACGCACCUUGCUGUUAACUUGGACGCGGAGAGAGAGGUCCGUAAACGCACCUUGCUGUUAACUUUGACGCAGAGAGAGAGGUCCGUGAACGCACCUUGCUGUUAACUUUGACACGGACAGAGACAGAGAGCGAGAGAGAGGUCCGUGAACGCACCGUGCAUCCACAGCACAGCCAUGGGGGGCCAUCACAGCAGGAACAGUCAUAGCCAGCUUCGAUCUGCGUCCUACAGUACACACCACCACUACCAUCCCAAAGUGCACAAUUCAAUCAAUGGAGACCGCCCCUUCCCACCUCUGCUCUUCCACCCGAGGACAAAGGGCUCGCGGAUCCUCAUUGACCCCUCGCAGAAGACCGUCAAAAGGAUCGCCAGCUUCUGCGACGGCAUCGUGUUCAGCAACAGACACGUGGCCAUCAACGAGGUGGUCCGACUCGAGAUCACAGCCAGCCAGCCCUCCUGGCAGGGCGCGCUACGCAUCGGUUUUACAACGGAAGACCCCUCCACCAUGAGCCCUGAUCGAUUGCCCAAGUAUUCGUGUCCGGAUCUGGCCGCUAAGCCCGGCUUCUGGGUGAAAGCGCUGCCGGAUGAGUUGCUCCAUACGGGGAACGUCAUCUCCUUCUGGGUGAACAUUAAAGGCAGCGUGUUCUACCAGGUCUACAACGGCAACCCCAAACGUUUGCUGAGUCAUCUCCCCGUCUGGCAGCUCCUGUGGGUUCUCAUCGACGUCUACGGACAGACCAAAGGAGUCCAGUUUCUUGACCGUGACCUUUACUCCGCUCGCGCUUUCACCGCCAAACACACGUCCGACUUCCAGCAGAGGAAGCGCGGCGACCCGCUUCCUCUCAGCUUUUUCGGCGAGGAAUGCCACCAGCAAUGUGGCGACCACGACCACAUCCAUCCGGACCAUCACCCUCCUCACUAUGAACAACGCCCCUUGGACGACUGCUGCCGCCGUGACCCGAACCGUGUGCAGCUGCCGGACCGCCACAGCGAGAUGGGGCCCAAUCACCCACUCAAGAUCUUAGACGCAGAUGUCCGACAUCCGUCACCCCCCAGCUCCCCCCUUCCUCCCUCUGUGAUUGACAUGGACACAAAUGUGUCUCACAAACCCAGAAAGGUCUACGUGAAGCAACGCGUGUCCGGCUCGGCACUUCCUUCACACGCAGGCUCGUCCCCACAACGCCCGCCAGCCCUGAACUCGCCUACGGGGACACAAACCACGAGCCCACACGAGUCAGUGUAUGCCAGCCUCAGCUCGGAGUCCAACCUCAACACAGCUCGUGAGAACCUGCGCAACUCUCACUCGUCACGUCCUUCCACAGGUUGGUCCCAAAAGCUCCUCCAUUCUAAAUCUAGUCCUCUCUUGACUCAUAACCAGCACGCUUUGAAGUGGGAAUGAAGUCAGAGGCGGAAUAAGGCUAAUUACAAAAAUAAAGUGGCAAUAGUGUGACAAAAUGUGUAAUAUGAGCUAAAAAUUGAAGGGACAAGCGGUAGAAAAUUGAUGGAUGGAUGAAGAAAAAAAUAAUUGAAAGAUGUAUUUUUUUUUUUAUA